UAGUUUCAUUUCCGCACUCUGCAGCUACAUGUAGCAUGUUAGCCUCGUGAAUAGCACUUAUCACGUUUGGAAAGAAAUAGCAUUAAUUGUGCAGGGCAGUAGCGGCAACGUUCAUUUAAUUAAAAAAAAAAACUUGGUGCAGAUUAACUUUAUUUUAUCUGCAUAACGAAUAUAGUGACUGUAUUGUAAAAUAAGUCAACCAGGAAGCGACGUUAGCGUGAGGAAGCGGAUUUGAACUUAAACAGGCUACAUCUUAAACUGACAUCUUUCAUGUGAAACUGUUACUUAGUUAAAAGCUUUUCUUACUGAAUUCCAGUAGAAGAAGACAUGACGGUGUUUAAUAGUCCUAGGAGAGGGCCCCUUGUUGUAUGGGCCCUGACGGUCCAGCUGGUGAUGAGUGGAAGUGGGGUAUACGCCACUAAUGGCACCAAGAACUGUAAGCUAUACCCUGAUUCUGCUUCAGCACGGGCAGUCCUCAAUAAACUUGAGCCACUCAGCAAUAAGAACUUCACAGCACUUGACACAAGUGAAAAGCAGAAUUACACAUAUGUGUUCCAGUUGUGCGGGGAUGCAGGUGGUGUUAAAGGAGCCGGGGUUAUUCAAGUGGACGACAAAACAAAGAAAACCACUGUGGUUGGAUCAUAUAAUGAAACACAGGCAAUCGAAGGAAGUGAUUGGGUGAUGUUGAUGUACACAAGUGGCGAGAAGUACAAUGAACACUGCUCCGGUGAAAACAGGAAGGCCUACAUCAUGAUCUCCUGCGACAGGAACAUAGAUGUGGGUCCACUGAAAGCGAUUCGGGAGGACCGGGAUAAGAAGAGCAACUGUUUUUACUUGUUUGAGCUGGACUCCAAACUAGUGUGUCCUCCUAUUCAGUCCCAGAUUAGCACUGGAUCCAUAAUACUCAUUAUCGCUUUCUGUUUUCUGGCGGUUUACCUCAUCGGAGGUUUCCUCUACCAGCGGCUGAUUGUUGGAGCCAAAGGGAUGGAGCAAUUCCCCAACUAUGCCUUCUGGGUAGAGGUCGGGAAUAUGUCGGCGGAUGGGUGUGACUUUGUGUGCCGGUCACGAAAUAGGGAAGAAGCUCCAGCUUACAGGGGAGUGACUGCAGACACUUUAGAGGAAGAGCCUGAAGAGAGAGAUGACCACUUACUACCUAUGUGACCUCAGCAUGUCAGAAAAGGGAUAGAAAUCUUUCACAGUUUAGAUGACGUUGCCUCUAGACACACACCUGUAUUCUUAGGCUGAUUUAGGUCAGUACCUGUUGAUACUUUGCUGUUCAAACCUGUGCCUAGGGCAACAGCUGUCUAAUCUGCUUGUUACUCAUAGGGCUGACCCAUGUGUCUCUCUUUCCAAUUCCAUGUUUUCAUUCAGUUGUUUGAUGUCAAACAAAUGAGUGAUUCAUUCAAGAUUACAAAUUCACAAUAAAGGCUUUUACAGGGAAAUCUGUAAGAAAAGGGCGGAGGUAAGGGGUUGGAUUUCUUACGUGAUUUAACUAAACAACAUUGCUCUUUUUUUCUGCUUUGACGAUUGUUGAAUGGAAGAUUGCGUAGGCUGCAGCAAGCUGUUCUUUCUGUGGUUCUGCUUGUUGCAACAUACAAGUGCUUUUGCUUGUGUAAAUUGGCUUUAAUCAGUUUAUGUUUUUUCUUUUGGAAGUCAGAUUAGAAACUUGUGAAUGUUUCUUUUUAAGUAUGGUGACUGUAUUUUCAGCCUUGUUAUACAGGUAGAAAUCACUGCAAAAACCAAAGCUUAUCUGAAUUAGAUUUUAAGUUGGACAUUGUCCCUUUCCCACAUUAUAUGGGAAACAUUUACACUUCUAAUGUCCCCUAUAAAGGUUAUUGUUGUCAAUCUCCUGACUGAAAUCCUCAGUAAUAUUUACACAUACAUAAUGUAAUGGUUAGCUAUUUAGCCAGAAAACCAUCCCCAAUGUUUUUGCAAUUUACACAGUGAUCGACAAUUAGAAACAUUUACAAAUUAAUUCUGCUGUUCAUAAAUUGCUUUUGAAAAAUUAUCUUGCAUAUGUACUGAUAUCUUCAUAGAAUAUUGAAAAUUUGCAGCAAAGGUCCAGUGUUGAUAUUCGUAAACACUGAGCUUCCUGUCUACAUGGUUCAGUUAGCACCAACGGCAUAAGUAGUAAUGUGUGCUACAUAUAUUCAGGCUACUUCAUUUCUUCUAUACUAAGACACGUAGUGAGACUAUGAGAGCGGUUCAUUUUCUGUAAUCCAUGUCCUAUAAAAUGCUACAAUAAAAAUGUCGGAUUACAUGAACGAGAAUGGAUAUUUUUGCAUAAAUAAAUAUCGAGGCUGCUAUUAAUUAGAGCAGGCGUUUUAAAUGUGAUGGUAAAGUUCUUUAUGGAGAUUUUUGUUUCACAAAUGAAGUUACCUGGUAACUCUCAGUGUCAGCACUUACAUUUCUUUUCUUCUGUUUGUUUCUAUAUUUUUUUGUGUUGUUUAACUUGUUUCUUUAAAUAUUUCAGUGAAUUAUUUUUUUUUCUGGCGUGUGAUCUGAUGGAAAUGAUUGCGUUUGUGGCUGUGGAUUGAGAAGCCUUAAGGCUGAUAUACUGUAACAGUAUGUUUGGCAUAAAGUUGAUUACAAGGCACAAACCUUUGUUGUUUUUUUCUGAUUCCAUAAAAAUUAAAUGAUUAAACUAGUUUAUAAAUUCUUCUUGCAGCAAUGAACUCGGCACACACAGAUGCACUUGCCUUUCAACAUUUUACUUAUUUUAAACAAAUGUUACACUGAAGGCACAUUUUUACAAGAGAUCUGUAUUUUAUUUUGAGCUUACAGUGAUGAGCUUUAAGAAUAAAGAUCUUUGACAAUG